GAACCGGAUGUGAGCCAUCAUGGAUUAGAAACUUUUCCAAAUUUAUCCGUAACGUUCGAUGCAAGUGUUCUCCGAGUACAAGUCCGUACACCGAGGGUUGGGAGGGGCCGGGAUCCAGGAGAAAAUAAUUUGUUUCAGUUCAAAAUAAGUUUCCAUCGCAAAAUCUGCGAUGUAUUUGAAUAAAUCAUAAUAGAACUCAAGAGAAUGCUCAUGUAUAAUAAAAUCUUAUAGAGAAUAGGGAUCCACUAAAAUAAUUGAAUAUUGCGGAUAUCUCCUAUACGGGAAUGCCAAGAUUUCUUAUUUUUAUUCCACAGCGAUGAGAAAUUUUUGCAAAAAUCAAACAUCUUUUUUUCUUCUCGUUCAAUAUACCGUUUGCGAGUGUUCAUGUUUUUUUUUCUUUCAACCAUACAAAAAUUUCUUUGAAAGAAAAUAACAAAAAAGAAAUAUAUUCGUUUUUCUUUUACGAUGAUAAUAUAUAUGCAGUUUUUAUCACAUGCCUCGCAACUCCAUAGUGUAAUUUCGAAAUAAAAAAAAAAAAAGAAAAUUGUCUUUCUGAUUUUUGCACAAACUUUGAGGCAACAACAACAACAACAACAACAACAACAACAACAAGCAACUCUCGAAAAGAGGUCUUUCCCGCACGAAGUUGGCAACUUUUUGUCGUCUUUUUUUUCUUUUUCUUUCAAUUUUCCACGAUGACGCGGGGUCAACACAAGAAGAAAACAAGCUCCGACAUUUAUUAACCGAAAAGUGACUUGUACGACGCGCGAAUCGUACUAGCCGACCUCAUUUUAUACUCGUCCGAAUACCGUCGAAUAAAUAACAAAAUGAAAUAAAAUUGAUUGUAUUAGGAAUAAUAGAAUUGCUACAGGACAAAAAUUUGUCGUGCAAUGGCGUCGUUUUUAUGAUCGAAGGAAGAAUAUGCCUCGUUACUGAGCAGCAACGAAUAUACAACAGCAAAUCCUGCCCGACAUGCAGCACAAGCGAAUUCAGAAACUUUUAUUGUCGGAGUAUUGUGAUUUUUCGGACAAGAUUUUGAUCGAAUCACCGUUCGCGGAAACCACCAGGGACGGUCUUGGAUUGUGUCAAGUUGCUUUAGGGCUCACACCCUCCAAGCUCGUUAUCGCGGCUGAUAUCUUGAAAAAUAAUUCCGAAUUUACUUGCCCAACCGAUUUGGAUCCGAGCAUCGAGAGCUUGGAACUGGUCUCGAUUUAUCCUCUUGAAUUUAUCGCUCUCAGCGUUUUUUGUCGAAGAAAACGGAAAACCCUCAAGGCAAGAUUAGUCGAUGGUAGAGCCAAGUACUACGAGCUCGGUGGAAUGGAAGGAAGAAAUGUCUAUUGGGCACUGUGGACGGAGAAUGUACGGGAAUUGAAUGAAAUGAAGCGAGAGGGUAGCUCUCUGUCGGAAACAACAGCGGCGAGUUCGUCGAGCGCGAGUACGAUCUAUUUAUUCUCAUCGGGAUUUGAGGCUAAGAAUAAAAAUAAUGAAGAAGGUGGUGGUAGUAUAUGGACUCGUUACGGCGGAGCUGGCGAUGGUCAGGCAUGUUCCUGGAGGCGAAAGGACAUAUACCUCGGCCCAUCCUACGAGGAGCUUUCUCAAAAUUAUUAUAGGCCUGUACCGGUGAGAUUCGCGGGGGCGACUUUCGAGCAAAUUAGCCAAGAGCUCAGGGACGAAACACCCAAGAAUCUCGUUCUCGGUGGCAACAGAACUUGUACCACCAACGGCUGCAGCAACAGUUGGCCGUGUACGAGAGUAUCGAUUAGAAAAUGUGUACGAUUCGAUCGAGCCGGCGGUACUCGCGAGAUAAUAAAAAAAGCUCGACGAUCGCGUCAGACGAUUGAUGCCGAAGGUUCCGGUAUGCUCAAUCGGACGAUACCGGAAUGGGAGAGUAAUAACGAAGCUCGCGGAACUUUCUCGAAGGCGGAACGGCGUCGAAUUAUUCCGGGGGCUUUAUUCGCGAAAGUAAACGGUGGAAUUCGUCAGAAACACAAAUCGGGAUCACCCAGAAGACACGCGAACACCGUAGCACCGAAAUUGUCACGUUUUGGAUUUGGAGUCGGUGAGAAUUGUCUCUCGGGUUUGUAUCUCGAGCCCUGGCAAGGGGAUAAACAAGUAUUUAGAUUACGUAGCGAGGCUCGAAUGAACCUGUCGUCGUCACCGCCGUCACCGCCGUCACCGCCGUCACCGCGCACUCUUAUCGAGAGUAGUAUUUGCGUUUGGGAGAAUCCGGGGGAGGAAAAAUUUCGUCAAAAGAAAAGAGCUCGGCAUCCCCGUCGUUACGCUCUAGCGACAGCGGCACACUUUUUUCACGCUCUCGGGCCAUGGUCGGUGCAACCGGGCGAAAGAGAAUCCGUUCAGAGGCAAAGAGCCUGUAGCACCGUUUCAAUUCGUCGACAACCCGUGGAAUCGGAAUUGAGACUGCCCGUUUCCAAGAGACAGCUCGCCGCGAGUGUCUCGAUGACGGGCCUCGAUCGAGCCAAGACCGGAAGCGUCUUCUCCUCGUCGAGCAAUAAGGCUCGGGUUAUCCUCUUUUGGACCCCCGAGUACUGGUAUCGGCCUCGGGCUGCCGCCGUCGCUUACAAACAGUUGAGAAACCAUCUUGCUCUCAUCAGAGAGUUUCGAACGAGAAAAGAGGAUGAUGGAAAAAUACGAGCGGGUUAUUUGUGCGGAAUAGGAAGAAACAAUUGCCAGAACGACGGCCACCGGACUCUCGGAGAACCGUCGUCCGGUCAUCUUUUGAGAAGAAUAUUUUCGUCCGGAGAAACGAGAAAGAGAGACAAGAGAAAAGCGGCGGAUCGUACGAGUGUAAAAACCGCCGGGGGGGCGAGUCAACUGAGACGUUUGCUAAGAAUGGAUCUAAGAAUAACAGCUUGGGAUUUUGAUAGUUGGACGAUCGCCCGUCAAUUGACUCUCAUUGAUUGUGAAUUAUUUUUAAGAAUUCCCUGUGCGGAGAUAGACGUUUUAUUGAAUGAAAAAUCAUCGAGAAAUGCACCGAAUCUCGGGGCUUGGAUCGCCUUUGGUCAUAGAAUUUCUUGUUUAACAGCGAGCGAAGUAUUAGCCACGAAAAAACUCGAUAUGAGAACGAGGAUUCUCUCGAGGUUCAUCAACGCCGCUGACAAGUGUUACGCUCUUGGAAAUUUUCAUUCUUGCAGAUCGAUCCUCGCCGGACUCGAAUCUCCACCGAUUUACAGGCUGAACGCCACGUGGUCGCGUUUAAGGAGCCAUCAUUCAACGAGAUACGAAGCGAUGCAACGGCUUUGCCUAAUUUAUCGUAACACGAGAUCAAAGAGUUAUCGGAGGGCUUGGCAAAAGUGUGAAAGACACCCUCCUUUUUUGCCGUACGUCGGUCAUCUUCUCGAUAGGAUUAUUUAUCAAGAUGAUUAUAAAGGAUCCGCUGGAAAUUCCCCGGAGAGAAAGAGCGAAAUGAAAAGCAAAAUUGGCGUUAUUGGAAAUCUCGACGAGACGAAGAAGCCACUUUUGGUCGAACGUAGAAAAAGCCUGAGCGAAAGAAUCGUUUCAAAGGCAAUCUCGCAACUUCGAUACCCGAUACUACUCGCUCGGCGACCGUAUAUUAAACUAAACAAGAAUGGUGACGAACCACCAUGGACCACGAAGGAGAGAGAACUGGCAAAGAAAUUUUAUACCAAUUGGCGACGAUCGAUUCUCACCGCUAAAAUUUUGGCUGAGAAAGAAGCAAAAAUUAGAGCGAUGGAUCCAAAGAAGCUUCGCGUUAUUACGAUCGGUUAUUGGUUGUGCGAAUGUCAAAAACACUGCCAAAAAUAUCAUUUUCCUGGACAUCCGCUCGCGUCGGAAUUUUUACUCAAAGCCCGAUAUCGCGAGGACAGAGACAACUUUUUUAUUAGCUUGAAACUCGAACCUCCCUAUGGAUGA